AUGGGGAACAAUAGUCUGUUUCGUUAUGCUGAUAGAGUGGACAAGUUGUUGAUGCUCUUUGGGACCUUGGGAAGCCUUGGAGAUGGACUACAGAUCCCGCUCACGAUGUACAUUCUUAGUAAUGUGAUCAACGCUUAUGGUCACAAAAAUAGUCACUUGACAAUGCAUGAAGUGAACAUGUAUGCUUUGAAACUCUUUUGUGCUGCACUUGGAGUUGGACUUUCAGCUUUUGUUGAGGGAAUAUGUUGGACAAGAACUGCUGAGAGACAGGCUUCCAGAAUGAGAAUGGAAUACCUAAAAUCAGUCCUAAGACAAGAAGUUGGCUUCUUUGACACGCAGACUGGUGGUUCUUCGACAACCUACCAAGUUGUCUCACUCAUUUCCUCAGAUGCAAAUACAAUCCAAGUUGUCUUGUGUGAGAAGAUACCUGAUUGCCUGGCUUACAUGUCAACUUUCCUAUUCUGCCACAUCUCUGCAUUUGUACUUUCAUGGAGACUUACAUUGGCAGCCAUACCACUCUCUGUCAUGUUUAUUAUUCCAGCACUUGUCUUUGGGAAGAUCAUGUUGGAUCUCGCAAUGAAAAUGAUUGAGUCUUAUGGGGUUGCUGGUGGGAUAGCAGAACAGGCAAUAUCUUCAAUAAGAACUGUUUAUUCAUAUGUAGGGGAGAAUCAAACACUAAACAAAUUUAGCAGUGCACUUCAAACAACACUGGAAUUUGGAAUAAAACAAGGUUUUGCAAAAGGGUUGAUGUUGGGAAGUAUGGGGGUUAUUUAUAUAAGUUGGGGUUUUCAGGCUUGGGUUGGAACAUUUCUUAUCACUAAAAAAGGAGAACAAGGUGGCCAUGUGUUUGUAGCAGGCUUCAAUGUCCUCAUGGGAGGCUUGAGCAUUUUAAGUGCCCUUCCAAAUCUAACUGCCAUCACAGAGGCAACAGCUGCAGUCACACGUCUUUUUGAAAUGAUUGAUCGGGUGCCAACUAUAGAUUCUGAAGAUAAGAAAGGAAAGGCCUUAUCAUAUGUGAGGGGAGAGAUUGAAUUUCAAGACAUAUACUUCUCUUACCCAUCAAGGCCUGACACACCAGUCUUGCAAGGAUUCAAUCUCACUGUCCCAGCAGGCAAGAAGGUAGGCCUUGUGGGAGGUAGUGGGUCAGGUAAAUCCACUAUCAUAGCACUGCUUGAAAGGUUUUAUGACCCUGUUGAGGGAGUAAUACUCUUGGAUGGUCACAAGACUAAUAGGCUUCAACUGAAGUGGUUGAGAUCCCAACUUGGUCUAGUAAAUCAAGAGCCUGUUCUCUUCGCCACUUCCAUAAGAGAGAAUAUAUUGUUUGGAAAAGAAGGGGCUUCAAUGGAAAGUGUGAUAAAUGCGGCUAAAGCAGCUAAUGCACAUGAUUUCAUUGUCAAAUUGCCAGAUGGAUAUGAAACUCAAGUUGGGCAGUUUGGAUUUCAAUUGUCUGGUGGGCAGAAGCAACGCGUUGCCAUAGCUAGAGCCUUACUAAGGGAUCCAAAGAUUCUGUUGCUUGAUGAAGCUACCAGUGCACUGGAUGCUCAAUCUGAAAGAGUGGUACAAGCAGCCAUUGAUCAAGCUUCAAAAGGAAGGACAACAAUCAUCAUUGCUCACCGCUUGUCUACAAUUCGAUCUGCUCAAUUGAUUGCAGUCCUUCAAGCAGGGAGAGUGAUUGAAUCAGGUACUCAUAAUGAGCUCAUGGAAUUGACUGAUGGUGAGUAUGCUCACAUGGUAGAGUUGCAGCAAGUAACAACUCAAACUGAUGAAUUCAAAUCUUCCAAUCUUCAAAUAGAAGGAAAAAACUCCAGCAGAAUGAGCAUUCCACAAAGUCCAGUUGUAAGUUUCAGAUCAAGCAAUGUAGGCAGUCCAAUGUUGUAUCCCCUUAGUCAGGGGUUUUCCAUGGGAACACCUUACUCUUAUUCUAUCCAAUAUGACCCUGAUGAUGAUAGUUUUGAAGAUAACUUGAAACGAACAAAUCAUCCAGCUCCUUCACAGUGGCGUUUGCUGAAAAUGAAUGCACCUGAGUGGGGAAGAGCAAUGCUAGGAAUCUUAGGAGCAAUAGGAUCAGGAGCAGUACAACCUGUGAAUGCAUACUGUGUAGGAACACUUAUAUCGGUUUAUUUUGAAACUGAUAGCUCUAAGAUGAAGUCUAAAGCUAAAGUCCUGGCCCUCGUUUUCUUAGGAAUUGGUGUUUUCAACUUCUUCACUAGUAUUCUCCAACACUAUAACUUUGCAGUUAUGGGAGAAAGGUUGACUAAAAGAAUAAGAGAGAAGAUACUAGAGAAGUUGAUGACUUUUGAGAUAGGGUGGUUUGAUCAUGAAGAGAACACAAGUGCAUCCAUUUGUGCAAGAUUAUCCUCUGAAGCCAACUUGGUCCGUUCCCUUGUUGGAGAUCGACUGUCUUUGUUGGCCCAAGCAGUUUUUGGGUCUGUCUUUGCCUACACUCUAGGACUUGUGCUCACAUGGAGGCUUUCCCUUGUGAUGAUUGCAGUGCAACCAUUAGUCAUUGGAAGCUUUUACUCAAGAAGCGUCUUGAUGAAGAAUAUGGCCGAGAAAGCUCGUAAGGCACAAAGGGAAGGAAGCCAGCUUGCAAGUGAAGCUGUUAUAAACCAUAGAACCAUAACUGCCUUCAGCUCUCAGAAAAGAAUGUUGUCACUUUUCAAAUCCACAAUGAUAGGCCCUAAAACGGAGAGUAUUAGGCAGUCAUGGAUUUCAGGCUUUGGUCUUUUCAGCUCCCAGUUUUUCAACACUUCAUCAACAGCACUAGCUUACUGGUAUGGUGGGAAGCUCUUGAUAGAUGAGCAUAUAGAACCAAAGCACCUCUUCCAAGCAUUUUUAAUAUUACUCUUCACAGCUUACAUUAUUGCAGAUGCUGGAAGCAUGACUUCUGACUUGUCCAAAGGAAGCACUGCAGUUGGAUCAGUUUUUGCAAUGUUAGACAGGAAAACUGAGAUUGAUCCUGAGGUUUCAUGGGGCGGUGAGAAAAAGAGGAAAAUAAGGGGCAGAGUUGAUCUGAAAAAUGUUUUCUUUGCAUAUCCAACUAGACCUGAUCAAAUGAUUUUCAAGGGUCUUUGUCUUAAAGUUGAAGCUGGGAAAACAGUAGCUCUCGUGGGGCACAGUGGUUGUGGUAAAUCAACUGUUAUUGGUCUUAUAGAAAGGUUUUAUGAUCCUGCAAAGGGAACGGUAUGCAUAGAUGAACAAGACAUCAAGUCCUAUAAUUUAAGAAUGCUGAGGUCACAAAUUGCAUUAGUGAGUCAGGAGCCAACACUUUUUGCUGGCACCAUUCGAGAAAACAUUGCCUAUGGAAAAGAAAACACAACUGAAUCUGAGAUAAGAAGGGCAGCAUCUCUGGCUAAUGCUCAUGAAUUCAUAAGUGGAAUGAAUGAUGGGUAUGAGACAUACUGUGGGGAAAGAGGAGUACAGCUAUCAGGAGGUCAGAAGCAAAGAAUAGCCUUAGCUAGGGCCAUUCUGAAGAAUCCUUCAAUACUUCUUUUAGAUGAAGCUACAAGUGCACUUGAUAGUGUGUCAGAGAUCUUGGUCCAAGAAGCACUAGAGAAGAUAAUGGUUGGAAGAACAUGCAUAGUAGUGGCACACAGGCUCUCUACAAUACAGAAAUCCAACUACAUUGCUGUGAUUAAAAACGGGAAGGUUGUAGAACAAGGUUCACAUAACGAAUUGAUUUCACUUGGACGUGAUGGUGCAUACAAUUCUCUUGUUAAAUUUCAAAAUGGAAGCUCCCCUAGAUAA